AUGAGUAACCAAAACCACAAUAAUAACAACAAUAACAAAAAGGAAGUAGAACAACAAUAUGCUACAACAACUGGGGGUGUCAAUAACCCUAAACAUAUUCAUAUUGCACAUAGAAGAUCCCCUAGUGAAUUGACUAAUCUAAUGAUUGAACAAUUAUCCUUACAAAGACAACUGGAAAUGGUGCAAGCUCAGCAACAACAGUUACUAGCUCAACAGCAACAAUUAAAUGCCGCAGCAGCAAUGACUAACAACAACUCACAUGGUACUGUUCCAUUUUUACCACCUCCUCCUCCACAACCAUAUAAUUUAUCUCCUAACAGGAAUACCAAUAACACCAUCACCAAUAACAAUAACAGUAACGGUGGUUCAAACAGUAGAAGCCAUUCUAGAAAUAAUUCAGGUUACGAAUUUAAUCGCCACACGAGGGGUAAUGAUUCUGUAUCAUCCAUUUCAUCUGGUGGUGGCGGCGGCGGACAUGGUCAUUCAAGAAGACAUUCUUUAGGAUUGAAUGAAGCUAAAAAGGCUGCUGCUGAAGAACAAGCUAAAAGAGCUGCAAAUGCUACAGGUAAUACUGACGUUACUAUUAUUGUUGAUAAAGCCGUAAGCAAGGAGGAACAAUUCGGCUUUAAGUUUCCCCCUGGUCCACCACCAGCAUCCCAGUCCUCUGUAUCGUCCAGUUCUUCUACCGUUAGUAGUUCUAAUACCCACAACCACAAUAACGGAAAUAAUAAUAGUACUUUUUCUCACCGUCGUACUAAUUCUUCUAACAGUAGCACCUAUAGUGCUUCUCCGGGGAAAAAUUAUCAUUUCCCACCAAGAACCCACUAUAAUAACAGCCACAGCGUUGAUUUUACUGCUUUGAACAACAAUAACAAUAACUACUACUAUUACGACAACAAUAACAAUGCUGGUGAAAAUAUGAAUGAUUUCACCUCACCAAGAAAAUCACAUUCUAGAACAAAUUCUGGAAUUAACUCUAAUUGGAGACAGCAACAGCCCCAACAACAACAACAACAAGGUGGUGGUGGUAAUAAUUAUUUAGCAUUUAAUACAGGUAAUUAUAAUAACAGCAGUAGCAGUGGUACCAAUCAUGCGAACAAUUCUAUUCAACCUAAUAUGCAAUUUUCUCCCUUCCAUAAAAAGUCGUUAUCAAGAGACGGAGCCACUUUAUUGGAACCAACACCACCAUUUCAACCAGGACACAAGUCUAAUUUAUCUUCUUCCUCAAAUAACACGAAUAACAACAAUAACAACGGUAAUGGUAGAAAGUCUUUGUUUGUACCAUAUUUACCACAAGCUAGCAUUCCACAAUUGUUACAAGAGGGGAAGUUGGUUGUUGGUACUUUAAGGGUUAAUAAAAAAAAUAGAUCUGAUGCUUGGGUUUCUACGGAUGGGGUGUUAGAUGCUGAUGUUUUCAUUUGUGGAUCUAAAGAUCGUAAUAGGGCUUUAGAAGGUGACUUGGUGGCUGUUGAAUUGUUAUGUGUUGAUGAUGUUUGGGAAUCUAAGAAGGAAAAAGAAGAGAAAAAGAGAAGAAAAGACGCUGGCCAAGUUCAACAAGAUUUAUUAAACUCUGGUGAAGAUUACCAUAACGAUGCCACUUUUUCGCCCCGCAAAGACUCCUCUUCAUCCCAUAUCCAUGGUCGUAUUAACUCCUCGACCUCUAACUAUGAUUCUGAUUCGCAAACUACUGGCAAUAAUAAUGGAAACAAUUCCGGUUUGAAGAGAAGAGGUUCCUUAAAACAACGUCCGACUCAGAAAAAGAAUGACGAUGUUGAGGUUGAAGGCCAAUCUUUGCUAUUAGUCGAAGAAGAAGAGAUUAGUAAUGAAUUUAAACCAUUGUACGCUGGUCACAUUGUUGCUGUCUUAGAUAGAAUUCCGGGUCAAUUGUUUAGUGGAACUUUGGGUUUAUUAAGGCCUUCACAACAGCAACAACAUAACAACAACAAUCAUGAACAUAGAAAGCCCAAAAUUGUUUGGUUUAAACCUACGGAUAAAAAGGUCCCUUUGGUUGCUAUUCCAACAGAGCAAGCACCCAAAGAUUUUGUGGAUAACGCUGAGAAAUAUGCUAAUAAGUUGUUUGUAGCUGGAAUUAAACGUUGGCCGAUCACCUCUUUACAUCCUUUUGGUACGUUGGUUACCCAAUUAGGUGAAAUUAAUGAUCCCGAAACCGAAGUGGAGGCCAUUUUGAAGGAUAACAAUUUCUUGUGUGAUGAAUAUUUAGACCCUGUAAACCGUGCUGUAGAGAAAUCCACUUUUAGGGCCACUCCGUUAAGUGAAGAAUCUAUUGCCAAAAGACCCAUAUUUGACUCCGAAGAAAAUGGCGGAAUUGCAAUUAUUAAGCAAAAUCCGUUUACUGCAUCUGAUUUGGCUCUAAACCUACAGACCAGUACUGACGGUAAAACUGGCGAUUCUGUUUUACAGUUGGGUGUCCACAUUGUUGAUGUUACAGAGCAAAUUGAGAGUGGAUCCAGUUUGGACAGAAGAGCAAGGAAAAGAUCUACAGGGGUUUCAAUUCCUCAGAAGAAUGUGGCAUUGUUGCCCAUUAAGGUAAAUGAGGAGCUAGGAUUGGAAGUUGGUAAGAAAUCUGCCACAAUAUCUGUGGUUUACAGUAUCAAUGUUGAAACUAUGGAGGUUAUUGAUACUGUUGUUAAGGAAAGUUUUGUUGUCCCCUCUCAAUUGGUUAAUGUUGAAGAUUUAGAUGUUGGUUGCACAGAAUUUACUCAACAAUUAAGAAGCAUUGCUGGUAUUUUCAUGAAGUGUCGGUUGAAUAUGGACUCAUUAACUCCAAGGCUGCCAUUGUUGGAGGGAUUGGACGAUGAGUCUGUGAAACCAACAUUGAACAUUUUUAAUUCUGAUGGUUACGUUUUGAGAGAACUCCAAUAUAAGGCCAAUAAUACUGUUGCCGAGAUAAUAUAUACGAAGUUGGGUCCAUUAUCCUUUUUAAGGAGACAAUCGCAUCCUUUAAGCACCAAAUUACAGUCUUUUUUUCAAAGAAUUUCUAAUUUUGAAAACGUUGAGAUCGAUCCGACUACACCUGAAACCUGUCUGAAGUCAAUGUUAGCUAUCAAAGACACAGGGGUUAGAUGUGGUGUAGAGAUUUUAUUUUUUAAGACUUUACAGAGGGCCAAAUAUUUUGUAGCUGGCAAGGUGGAUCCUGAUCAAUUUGAUCAUUAUAGUUUAAAUUAUCCACUAUACACCCAUUUUACAGCACCAUUCAGGAGAUAUUCUGAUCACGUUGUUCAUAGACAAUUGAAGGCGGUUAUAAAUAACAUUCCAUAUGAAGAAGAUAUAGAUUCAUUAAAGAUUACUGCUGAAUAUUGUAAUUUUAAGAAAGAUUGUUCUUGUCACGCUCAAGAACAGGCAAUUCAUCUGUUGUUAUGCAAAGCCAUUAAUGAUAUGGGUAAUUCUACUGAUCAACUAAUAACCUUGGGUUUGGUUUCGCAAGUUUAUGAAAGUUCUUUUGACGUGUUUAUUCCAGAGUUUGGUAUCGAAAAGAGGGUCCAUGGGGAUCAGUUACCGGUUACUAAGGCGGAAUUUGAUAGUGUCAAUAAGAUUUUAGAAUUGUACUGGCAACCAAAUGUUGAUAGUGCUACCUUUAUUCCAGCAGAUGAGAAAAAGCCAAGUAGUUAUAGGAAUUCGAUUAGAAACAAAUUCAAGUCUACUAGUGUUGAGAUUGCUUAUAAUGAAUUGAAAUCAAAACCUAUGUUAUCUGAGGAAUUAUUAAAGAAAUUUUCAUCAAUGAAAUUGUCCCCACCAAAUUUCACUCCUUUAAAUAAUUCGAGAACACCCGAAUCUUCUCCAUUGGAGCAGUAUUUGAAAUAUACUACAACAAGGAUCGAAGGCGGAGAAAGUUAUAUUCAAGAAAUUCGUGAAUUAAAACAGGUUCCAAUUUUGUUAAGAGCAGAAAUCGGUAUGGCUUUACCAUGUUUAUCUGUUCGUGCAUUAAACCCAUUUUUGCAAUCGUAUAAUAAGGCCGGUAGUAAUAGCUAA